UUUCUCAUUGCUAAACCGUCUCUUCUGGAUUCCUUCUCUCCUGCUCAUAUGCUCCUGGCUAUGCCUGAACCGGAGGAUUCUCUGACUCCGGAAUCUCUGACUCUAGAUCCUGCUAACGAACCUCCACCUAUUCAACCUCCAGCUCCAACUCCUAGAAAACCGUUCCUUCCGCUCCCCUUCCAGAUUCUUCUUCUUCUAAAGCUGCUCCUUCCUCGGCAGCGGCCGGUUCCAAAGGCCCUGCCCUAGCUCCAAACUUCACUCCUCCUACCACCCGCUCUCGGGCUGCUAAAUUGCCUGAUUCCAGCCAUCCAAAACCUUCCACUGUUCUCCCUUUGCGAGAGGUGACUGGUGUGGAUGGACUGAUUAAAGUUCAUGUUCCAUUCUCUCUAGCAGAACUCUCUCAGAUAGAAAGUAAGCUGGGUUCUUAUACUUCUAAUUCUGCUGCCUUUAUUAAACAGUUUCAAUAUAUAACUCAAUCUUAUAGUCUCACCUUUCAUGAUAUAUUCAUGAUACUUUCUAAUAACUUACUUCCUGAGGAGCGCAGGCGGGUUUGGGAGCAGGCUAGGAUUCAUGCAGACGAAAUUCAUCAAACUAACCUCUCACACCCGCCAGGAGCUGAGGCGGUUCCUGACCGAGAGCCACACUGGGAUUAUAACACCCAGGGUGGCUGUCUAGCCAGAGAUAGGUUUAUUACCUGUCUCCUGACAGGUCUCCGUAAGGCUGCCCUAAAACCAGUAAAUUAUGAGAAACUAAAAAUGGUUAUUCAAGAUAAAGACGAAAAUCCGUCUCAUUUCCUAGAGCGGCUCACCAAGGCUCUACUUCAGUUCACUAGCUUAGACCCAGAGAGCCCUGAGGGCAGGCAGCUGCUAAUAACCCAGUUUGUCUCACAGAGCUUCCCUAACAUUAGGGAUAAACUUAAACAUUUGGAGAACGGCCCUCUAACUCCACAGGCAGAUGUGCUGGUGAUAGCGUUUAAGGUGUUCCAUGGUAGAGAUGAAAAAGCCCAUAAAAGGAGCUGCCAGAUGCUGGCAAGCACUGCCCAACCGGCUCCCCGAAAGCCAUCUGGUCCCUGCUUCAAGUGUGGGAGAGAAGGCCAUUGGGCCCAGGCUUGCACCACCGGCCCACGAAGGGCACCAACAAAGCCUUGUCCAAACUGUUACCAAAAGGGUCACUGGUCAGCUGACUGUCCUAAUGUCCCAAGCGACAUAGGAACGCCAGAUGAAGACCACCCUCCAGCUGACUUUGUAGGCUUGGCUUACAGCGAGGACUGCUGCUGCCUGGUUUCUGCCCCGGCCACUCCCAUCUCACACAGGGAACCUAGGGUAAUUAUAAAGGUCAAUGGGCAGCCCCAUCUCGUUCCUUUUGGACACCGGAGCUACCUACUCUGUCCUGAGAGAGUUUUGGAGGCCCACCUCUCCUGCUCGUCUCCCUAUUGUCGGGGUUGGGGACAGCCUUAUCUACCUCAUCAGACACCACCACUCAGUUGCAUUUUCAGAGGCAUCCCUCUCACACACACAUUCUUAGUGGUGCCAAGCUGCCCUGUACCUUUAAUGGGGGGGGAUCUUCUAGCUAAGGUAGGAGUGUCCAUUUCUUUUGCUCCACACAUUCGCCUCAUCCCAGACGCGCCAGCAGCUCCUUUACUUCUCCUCCUAGCCACUCACUCUUCUGACUAACAAUUCCUUUCCCCUACCAGUCUCUCAGGUAGACACACAGAGCCGGAGGCAAAAAGGACCAUCAAAAAUAUCCAGGCGUAUCUUGUCAAACAGAAGGUUCCUAGCCACAGCACGGAGGGUUCCCAGCCACAGCACGGAUAGACAGCCGCAGAACGAGGGGAUGGCAGAACUUCAUUCCAGGACCUGCUCACCAACAUCCCAGGACUUCACAAGAUACCCUCUCAUCCCCCUGCCCCCCAAGAGCCAACCAACGCCCACUAUUCAGCUGGAAGCAGUCUUUGAGAGAAACAUCGCCCCCAUACCCAGGCAACCACAAUUUUUUUCUUUUUUAAAAAAGGAAGAGUCAGGGAUGAAAGGUUUACAACACGCCCCCACGGUCGGGCGUGUUUGCAUAUGCCCAACAGACACUUCCACCUAGCCAGUUCCAGGUCAGGAUAGCCGUUUCCGGGUCAGGGCAUCUUGCGUGACCAAGAUCCGUGACGUUCCAUUGGCUACGUAGGCGCGCAACGUGGCCAUGUGAUCUACGUGCUUGCGUGUAGUAGUGACGCUGAUCUGUCCACGCCCAGCCUUUAAAAUCCGGCGCCAUGUUCCCGGUUCCUUCUUCUUCUUCUUCCUCCUUCUUCUCCACACACGUGCUUCCCACAGGCCUGUUCACUCUCUGUCCCUUUACCUUUAAUAAAACUCUUGUUAGCG